GGCCCAAAAUCAAGGUUGAGGGUGGGCGGAGUGGUGGGCGGAGUGGUGCUGGCCUGAGGAUGACUCAGGGCUCCCUUGGAACAAGAGCGCACUGGCACGUGAGGAGCCGCGGGAGCAGCGGAGCCAGCGAUCCUGAGCUGUCCUCCAGUCGGUGGAGAGACUGACGACUCUUUCCAGUGGUAAAUCCUAGUAGCACCAUCGAUCUCCUUGGAGACCUUUACCGUCAUAUGUCAGGGAUUCAACUUGAAUAAUUUCAACAGUCAGUUGGCAACGCUGCUCUAGCUGAUAAACCAAGAAUGAGACUUCCGGUCUUGGCGAUCCUAACAGUUCUUAUACAUUUCACAGCAGCUUCAGUCAGCAGAUCAUUCGGGGGUUGGGAAAAUGAGGCUUUACUUGUGAGAUGUCCUACACAAGAAAAUGCUCGACAAGCUGUGGAGUGGUAUUACCCAAACACCAACCGAAGUGUCACCACCCAGAAAGGAAAUCGUGUGUUUGCUGAAGGGGAAUAUCUUAAGCUUCUCCCAGCCAAAGUUGAGGAUUCUGGAGUUUACACUUGCAUGAUCAGAAGUUCUACCUUGGUUGAGCCUGGACAUAUGAAUGUCACCAUAUUUAAGAAACAACCAGGUUGCAAAAUUCCAAAUCGCCUGAUAUAUUCAACAACCUUUGGUUCAGCAAAAGAUUCCCAAAUAUAUUGUCCUACCAUUCAGCGCUACAAUUGGACAGCACCUGUUGAGUGGUUUAAGAACUGUAAAGUUCUUCAAGGACCAAGGUACUACAUACAAGAGGCUUAUUUGCUGAUUGACAAUGCAACUAGCGAGGACACGGGUGAUUAUACAUGCAAAUUUAUGCACAAUGAAAAUGGAGUCAGUUACAAUGUGACAGCAACCAGAUCGUUCGUCUUUCACAAUGAUGAAAGCUUUUCAUGGUUUCCAGAAAUAAUAGCACCUCCACAAAAUGAGACCCGGGACGUGGAAAUCGGGAAAGCAGUGAACAUCACUUGCUCCGCUUGCUUUGGGAAAGGCCCGCAGCUCCUGGACAUCGUCCUGUGGCAGGUUAACGGGACCAACAUUUGUAAGUUUAAUGAAGCAAGAAUUUGGCAGGAGCAAGAGCAAAAUCAAAGUUCCAGCAGCACGGUGACCUGCCGGAGCUCCGUUCUGAGGAUAGCGGAUGUGAGAGAGGAGGAUUUGUUGCUGAGGUACGACUGUAAGGCCAUGAACCUCCAUGGCGUGAGAAGGCGCUCGCUACGACUCAGGAGGAAAAAGCCAAGUAAGGAGUGUUUCCGAGGCAUUGGUCACGAGCCUGCUGUAUCAGCUGUGAGCUGAAAGCCUUUUCUCACAGAGCAGGGCCCGCAGGACAGCCCAGGGCCUCCCAGCAAAGGGGCUUCUCCUCUUGAGCACAUGACCCUGCAGGCGGGCCGCCUCCCAAUGUGUCUGGCAGCCUCUCUACCACUUUACUUCCUUCUUCCACCUCUCCCCUCCCCUGCCCUCUUCUUUCUCCUGCUCCCCCUCCUCCCCCUCCUCCCUCAGCUCUCGACCCCAUUCCGCCUGUUGGUUCUCUGCCUCACAGCGGCUUCCUUGGGCCUCCUGCCCACUGUGUGUGAAAGAAGACAGCAGUCUGUGAACAUAUAUCAUGUCAUAAGCAUCAUCCCUUUUAUAAUGUAUUUUUGUCAUAAAAAGCACACAUUUUGUUAGUGAAGCUGGCAAAGUGAACGGAAUGGUGAAGUAUUUAAUUUCUGUCCGUUCCAGUGAGAAAACCUUAUUCCUGUGCAUUGCUGAUGUUGCCACUUUAGGAACGUUCUCUGGCACCUGGGGCUGGGACUGCUUCCAUGUUCCCUGUGCCUGGUGUUUUGUUCCUUCUAGUUUAUCUGUAUUUGGUACCUUUCACCUGUUUUUCUUCACAUCAAUGUGGUUUUGUUCUGUCUCAACAACUGUGUAAAUUAAACAAAAAUGGUUGCUACUGUUGUACUGUCA